AUGCUGCAAGCUUCUACGAAGGAAGACGCAACGAAAGCGUCCAUAGCGGCGACGAAAAUUCAAGCCAACUUUCGAGGCUACCGCGUACGAAAGCGAUUGAAAGAAUCGCGUAACGGAGAAUCCGAAACGCGCAAUGGAGAGGACGAACGAUACCGAGAAGAAAGUUCGGAAGGGAAACUAGAAGGAGGAUCGUCGAGCUUGAAGAAAUCGAACGGUGGACAAGAAUCAUUGGAAGAGAAGUCGGCGAUUAAAAUUCAAGCCCGAGUGCGUGGAUUCUUAGUACGAAAGAAGCAGCAAACAGCUCGAUUGGCUGCGACUAAAAUCCAAGCGGGCUUUCGGGGCUUUCAAAUCAGAAAGCUGUUGAAGCAAACCGAACAAUAA